GUCGCGCGGGAGGCGGAGGCCGGGCCCCCGGCGAGCAGAGGGGCCGAGGCCGGAGCCGUGGGACCCGAUGGAGAAGCCACGGAAUACGGAUCGGCGCCCAGCAUCGCUGGCACGCGCGUAGCCAGGCCAGGGGGCUCCCGCUUUGAAGUUUCAGUAGGAGUGUAGGAUCGAGUUUUCUCCGGCGUUGUGAGGCGCUGCCCACGUUUGUUCUCAUGGCAACAGCAACGGGCUGAAACAUAAAAGUUAACCCCCUGGGUGAAGCAACGGCAGGCAGAUACUUUUUGUACACUUUUUUUAAUAAAGGAGACGUCAUAGAUCUGAAAUACGCAGAUCAAGGGAGGUGCAGUGCCACAGGUGAGGUUAUUGGUGAAGAAUGGGUUAGAGUUGUCCUGUAGCUAAGGAGGCAGACUGGCAAUAGCAAGUUAUGAUGGAAAGAAGCGAUGGGGUUAGUGAGAUGGGCUUUCUUAUAAAAGAGGCUUUGGCAUUCAUUACCAACUUCAGAGGAUAGAAUGCUGGGUGAAUUUGUAGACAGCGCAAAGUUUGGAACACCUGCCAACACAAAACAGUUAAGAAUACCUCUCCAAGUAGAUGACCUUUGUGGUUAUUUAGUUAGAAACGGCCUUAAUAGCAACAUCACUGCAAAAGCUGGUGAGACUGUGGCUCUGUCUAGCUCAGAACUUGUCUCACAAGACAGAUGCUGAGGGAAGAAAAGUGAGAGAAGACACACUUGCAUGUGACCCCACAGUUUCCAGUUGAGAUGCAACAGUACAAAGGGCAAGAUUAUACAUGUAGAAAUUAGCAAUGUUUUUUUUCUUCCAUAAAAUUCAGUUCAACAUGCCUUUCAGUCACAUAGUGCUCAUGGUGCUGCUGUACAAAUAACUGUGCCCCAUGAGAUGCCUGCUGGAAAGACUUAGUUCAAGCUUUACACACAGAAAAAAGGCUCACAAGAGGAACAGUUUCGCCACGUAACGACAGCAUGCCACAUCUUAGAACUUUUGUGAUGUCUUUUUUAAGUUACGAGGAUGAUCCUAUACCAACUGAAGAUGAUACUGAAAAUGACGGGGAAGUUGGAUCAGGAGCCCCUAAUCAGACCAGAUUGUUCCUACAUGAACAGCGAACAGUGUCAGUGCAAACAGCAAGAUACCUCACUAGUCCGUGGCUGACACGUUUUGUUCCUUCAGUUUACACCUUAGUGCUUGUGCUGAGCCUUCCUCUGAACAUCACAGCGAUACUUGUGUUUCUGAAAAAAAUGAAAAUCGAAAAGCCAGCUGUAAUAUACAUGCUGAAUUUGGCCCUUGCAGAUGUCCUGUUUGUGAGCGUGCUCCCUUUUAAGAUCGCUUAUCACUUUUCUGGAAAUGACUGGGUUUUUGGGCCUGAGAUGUGCCGUUUCAUCACUGCAGCUUUCUACUGUAACAUGUACUGUUCAAUAAUGCUGAUGACAAGCAUAAGCUUUGAUCGCUUCCUUGCAGUGGUGUAUCCCAUGCAGUCUCUCGGGUGGCGCACAUUAACACGGGCCUCACUGGUCUGUUUCGUCAUAUGGCUUGUGGCAAUAACUGGGGUUAUACCUUUCCUCAUCAGAGAGCAAACAAUGGAGAUACCCAAGUUAAACAUAACUACUUGCCAUGACGUGCUCAGAGAAUCUGAACUUCAUGGCUAUUACCUCCACUUCUUCUCCAUCUUCUCUUGCGUGUUUUUUGUAGUGCCAUUUAUAAUUUCUACUGUCUGCUACGUGUGUAUCAUCCGAUGUCUUAGUUCUUCUACCAUUGUUGCAAAACAAAACAAGAAGACGCGUGCCUUACUCUUGUGUGUUGCUGUUUUUUCUGUUUUUGUUAUUUGCUUCGGACCAACAAAUAUCCUCCUGUUAGUUCAUUAUAUCCAUUUCACUUACGACAACAGCUUAGAGUAUCUCUACUUUGCCUAUCUACUCUGUGUUUGUAUCAGCAGCAUUAGCUGCUGCAUUGACCCCUUCAUUUACUACUAUGCUUCUUCCCAGUAUCAGAGACAACUUUUCAGUCUCUUCAAUUGCAAAAAGACUUUUGAUCCUAACAGCAGUAACAGCACUGGUCAGUCGAUAUCCACCACUAGUAGAAGGGCCACAUGCUCUACUAAUGUGAAUAACAGUGUCUACAGGAAAUUACUAGCAAUGCAUUGAGGUAACAUAUAUUACACAUGCUUAACUUUUUUAACAUUCAGGAACAAAAUAGACUCUAUUAUUUCCAAGAAGUGCAAAACCUUAAACCAAGUUGUUGUACAAUACAUAUUUCUAUGGAUUCAUUAUAGAAACGCACAAUUCAAAUUAGAACUCUGUAUAGGUAUAUAUAUAGCAUAUGUAAAUACAUUAAUGUAGAGGGGGGAGAGCAAUUUCUUAAUAAUAGCUGAUGAGUGUUUUUCAAUAAACUUUUUUUUUCAGACAAAUCCUUCAUAUUGUUAGUUCAGUUUAUUGCAGAGGUUCACGGUAGUGGUUUAAUUUUAGGUCACCAAAAGGGACCAUCACGUCUG